GUCCUUCAAGGUCAGUGUUUACAAUUGUUAUCCUAGUGUUGAAAUUUAAUUAGGAUGCUAAGCUUACCUAAGAAACCUCUCAUAAGGAACUAAAAAGCCACUGGACAUUCAAAAGAAUAGUUUAAAGUUGACGACAUAUAAUAAAGUUUUCAGGAAGGAAAUAUUUAAGUAGGUGAAUAAGGAUUCUCUAAACUUUAGCUAUACUGAAAUGUGUAGAUAUUAAAGCAAUUCUAUAAGUGGAAGUAUGUAUAUCUAUACUUCUCGGUUGAUUUAUAAAAAGAUGGGUGAAAUGGAAUUAAAGCCUCUACCAUUCUUUGCAUACUGGGGAUGGAGAGUUUUCGUCAAAAUGUUCUAUUGGAUGUUCCAUAUACCACUAUCGAUAAUUUAUUGGGGUGAUGGGAAAACUGUUCCUCCAGUGAAAAAUAAUAUAUUGCUAAAAUCUGCAACGAAGCUUGCUGAGGAAAUUCGAUUAGGAAAAUUGAAAAGUGAAGAGGUAGUCCUAGCUUAUAUUGAAAGAAUCAUUGAAGUUGAACCAUAUAUCAAUGCAGUAGCGGAGAAUCGAUUUCAAGAAGCUAUUAAAGAGGCUAAAAUAGUUGAUGAACUAAUUGAAUCGGGGACAUAUACAAGGAGACAGCUGGAAGAAGAAAAACCAUUACUUGGUGUUCCUUUUACUACGAAAAUUCUUUUAACGGUUAAAGGACUUCACAGUUCAGCUGGGUCCACGCUUUUCAAAGAUGUGAUUGCUGCAGAUGAUGCACCAACUAUUACUCUGAUGAAAAAUGCUGGGGCAAUAGUGCUGGCAACAACAAAUUCAGCUGAGUUAGGACUUGGAUUUGACACCAUUAAUCCUUUGUAUGGAAAAACAUGCAAUCCUUAUGACACUCACAGAACACCCGGAGGAAGCAGUGGUGGUGAAAGUGCUUUAUUGGGAGCUGCAGGUACUGUUAUUGGAUUGGGCAAUGAUGUUACAGGAAGUGUUAGAGUUCCGACACUUUUCACUGGUGUUUUUUCUCACAAGCCUUCUCGAGAUUUAGUUCCAAAUACUGGAUGUUUUCCGGCACCGAAUCUGAAAACAUUUCAAUACCUUAGCACCGGACCGAUGUGUAGAUAUGCAGAAGAUCUGAUAACAAUGAUGAAUGUUCUCACAUCAAGAAAUGCACAAAAGAUAAAAUUUGGUCAACCGGUUAAUUUCAAGAAAUUAAAGAUUUAUUACCAAUUUAACCUCAAAGAUCCUGUUGUUCAGCCCGUUGAUAAAGAAAUUGUUAAUGCUAUGAAAAAGGCUAUCAACUACUUUACCGAAACGUAUGGUGUAGUAGCAGAAGAAGUCAACAUAAAGCUUUUGAGUAUGUCAAAUAUAAUCAAUUUUCAUCUUUUGCUCGGUGACAUUCCGAACCUGGUAGAGAUGAUGACAGCUGGAAAACUUAAACACUUAAAUGGAGUCCUGGAGCUCUUAAAAUUUACUACAGGGUCCUCCAGCCUCUUUGGAAUAUUAUAGAACUUGGAUUUGGAA